AAAUAUAACUCAUUUUGUCAUUUUCUUUUCGGUCGUCGCGCUCAAAAAGUGUAACUUGAAUUAAUAUCAUACAAAAAUAAUUAGUUAUAAUUACAUGAUGCCAUAGCUACGCUAUGCAAUAGCUUUACCGCGGCAGUCCCCGAGUGCCUCAUUUGACAUUUUUUUAUUUAUGUUAUAAUAUUUUGAAUUUUGUUUCAUAUCAAUUAUAAUAUUAUAUUUAAACAGUCAUUUAACUUUCUGUAGACUAAAAUUAGUAGGUAGAUACCAAAAUGUUCCUCAAGUAUUUGUAUCUCGUUAUUGAGUAAGGCAUCACUAAUGACUGUACUUAAUGUAUGUGUUACAUUUUAAUUCAAUAAUAAAUCAUUUCAAAUGCAAAACAAUUCUGUUCGAAAACAAUCCGUCUAUUGCUAAGUAAAUCAACAAACUGCUUUUGUUGACGCAACUCAAGUGUACGGACUGACGGCUGCCAAAGCAGAUUCUCUUCGAUCUCAUAAGUUUGGAAGAUUAAAAACUGAGAUGAUUGAUGGACAAGAAUUUGGUGCUCAAGACCAAAGGAACGGAUCAACAUUUUGUGGCGGUCGAACUAAUGUGACCUAUUGUUUCAAUCGAGGUGAUCCUAGAAAGAAUCAGCACUUCGGUCUCAUAUUAUACGAAGAGACGUUUCUUAGGUUUCAUAAUCUUGUAGCAGAAUUGUUACUCAAUGAGAAUCCAGAUUGGUCAGAUGAAAUACUAUAUCAAGAAGCUCGAAGGUUCAUAAUCGCAGUUCUACAGAUUAUAGUUUACAGAGAUUACUUGCCGGUUUUACUUGGUAGUGAUUAUUGUGAAAGUGUUGGGUUGAUUCUUACUAAAGAUACUAAAACUGUGUAUGAUCCAUCAAUUAUGCCUCAAUUGGCCGUCGAAUUUCCAGGAGGUUGUUUUCGAGUUCCACACAACGUCGUGCCUUCGAUAUAUUUUUUUUUAGACGAGAACAAUGAAAUCGUAGAACAAUUCAAACUUAACGAGUACAUGGCAAUUCCUGAUCCGUUGAUCGGUGGUUCUAAGCUUGAAGAGUUACUCAGAGGAAUGACAUUUCUGCCAGGUCGUUGUCCAUUAGCAUCGUACAAUUUAUUGAUAUCAAGUCGUAUGUUUCAUAAUUGGGUAAGUACUGUUGCAGACACAGACUUACUUAGUAUAGACAUUCAAAGAGGUCGUGAUAUUGGUUUACCUCCAUACAUCAGAGUCAGAGAAAUUUGCGGUUUUCCAAAUAUUACAUCAUUUUGUGAUCUAGCUAACGUAUUAGAUCCUACUGAUAUUUUGUUACUGCAAAAGUUAUAUGAUAGUGUUGAAGAUAUAGAUUUGCUAGUAGGAGCUUUGCUUGAACCAAAUGUCGAUGGUGGUAUGGUUGGUGAAACUUCAAGGUGCAUAAUCGCUGAUGGAUUUUAUCGUAUUCGAUAUGGUGAUCGUUUCUUUUGCGAUGUAGAAAAUCAACCAGGAAGUUUUACUAAAGAACAAUUUGAUGUCUUAUGGAGUCUCGAUCUUACUCAAAUAUUUUGCUUAACGACAAAUAUAGAUAAAUUACCAUGUGAUAUUUUCACACCAAAUGGGCUUUCGGGAACGUACAGUUGUGAAUCAAUAAAAUUGGACCUCGCAGCUUUGGGAAGAUAAAUAAAUUAUUAUUUCUUCAAACGGAAAUUCAAAAGAAUCAAGUAUUAGCUUAAAUUAAAUUAUAUAUAAAGUACAAAAACUAAAAAAAAUAUGAUAACUAGUUAUAAAAU